AGAAUCCAAUCCGAUCUUGGACAACACAUCAACAAACUUGUUUACUUUCCUGUAGUCCUGUAGAUAUGCUUUAUUUCACACCUUUGAAACUGCCUUUGAAAAGCCUGACAACUAUUAAUCACAGACUUCAAAGGGUGCAAAGCAUCCACACAAUCAUUCAUCAACUUGACAAGGACUUCAGAAUCAGAUUCAACCGAAAGGAAAAGAAAGAAAUUUAUCGAUAGGAAACUCCCCAAUUCAGUCUAAACUUAAAACUCCCACCGAAAAAAAGAGUUUUAUUCUCCCGCUCCCCCUCUAUUCCUUAAGACGAGAAACGACUGAAGCUCAAUAGCUCAUCAGUCCGGUCUGCGAUCACUUUGGCAGCGAUAGCCUCUGUUGGAGACACCGCGACGACACCGUUUAAUUGCAUUGAAAAGAAUUACCGUCUCUCAAUCUCUGUUCUUCUCCCUCUCUAACAACCCUUGCCACUUUAAGAGUACAGUGUAGGCAUGUGUGUAUGUAUAUUAGCUUGACUCUUGUUCAUCGUCCACUCUAUUCUUGUAGUAUUUUGGCUUUUAAUUCUCUUCUGGGUCCUCAUAUAGUCAAUACGGGCGGUCGUCUUGUUGCAAUCCAUAGUAAGUUUGGAUUGAGCUCAAGUUUUUUCCCAUGGCCAACCUUAACUUGGAAAAAGAUGUUUCAGGGGUUUUGAGAUCAUUUUCAGAUUCACCGCCAACUCAUUAUUCUGUAGAAAUACAGUUUUUUUCAUUGCUUAGUGAAAAAUAUUCAGAGAAUGGAUAUGAAUCAAAGGAGUUUAAAGCUGGAGGAUACAAAUGGAAACUGGUGUUUCACCCAAAUGGAAACAAAAAGAGGAAUGUAAAAGACCACGUCUCCCUCUACUUGGUGAUAGCUGGAGCAGAUUCACUGGAUAGUAGUUGGGAAGUAUAUGUUGAUUUCAGAUUGUUUCUGCUCGAUCAGAAUAACGGAAACUACUUGGUUUUUGAAGAUGCUUUCACAAAGAAGAAAUGCUUUCAUGGGGUGAUGCGUAGUGUGGGUUUCGAUAAACUUAUCCCUCUUGAAGAUUUUACUGAUGUUUCCAAUGGAUUUCUAGUGGACGACACAUGUGUGUUUGGAGCCGAGGUCUUUGUUUGUAAAGAAAGAAGAACAGGCAAGGGCGAGUGCCUAGCAAGGAUGAAGAUAGCCUCUGUAUGCAAACAUGUUUGGAAGGUUGAGAAAUUUUCAUCUUUAGGUGCUCAAUUUGACUCUGAACCGUUCACUGCUGGGGACUAUAAUUGGAAGAUAAAGCUGUAUCCUGAUGGAUGUGGGGAAGGCAAGGGUAGUCAUCUUUCUCUGUUUUUGGAAUUGGCUAGUCCCAUAACCCUCCCCCCUGACUCAGAACUAUUUGUGGAGUAUAGAUUUCGCAUCCUAGACCAAAUUCGUCAUCAGCAUCAUGAUCUUUCUAGUGGUAAGGCCUUGUUCCGUGACAGUACAAGUUUGGGUUCGCGUAGAUUCAUUGGACAAGAAUCUUUCAGGCAGGUAGAAAAUGGGUUUUUGAAGAAUGAUGUUUGCAUGGUAGAAGCAGAGGUGACCGUCCAUGGAAUUUCUAAAGUACUGUAGCAAACUAGUCCUGAAUCCUGAAUCCUGAAUCAAAGGACUGGUCGUCAUUAUAGUUUACUGCUCUAUAGUUAACUUGUCCAAACUAAUGUACCAAACAACGAGAAGGUUUCAACAGGGAAUAUUGUAAGAACAUGAGCAAAUGUCAUUAGUGCUAUGAUUUUUAACAUUUGCCACUUAUG